AUGGUUAUGUGGUUAUUUUGGAUUACUGUUUGUUUGGCUAUUGGACAAUUGACUCAUUCAUCUCCAGUAGGCAAUAAACCUUCUUCACUUGAUUCAGUAAUAGGGACAGCUGUAACAGCAGAUGACAUAUCCUCCAGUAAUGUUCAUCAAACGAGAUCGGUUAGAAGCAACGAAAAAGGUGAUGAUGAUGAUGAUGAUCUUAAUUCUCUACAUAAUGUCAAACUCCGAAGUAUCAGCGAUGAUUAUCGACGUAAAGUAUUUGAUCUGACAAAUCAGGCACGUCAGCAAGGUCGCUACUGUGGUCAGACUUGGUAUCCCGCCACAACGCAACUUUCGUGGAAUGAUCGAUUGAGUGCCGCUGCACAAAAGCAUGCUGCAAGCAUGCUAUAUUAUAAUUAUUUUUCUCAUACAGGUAUAGAUGGAAGUAGUUUUGUAGAUCGUAUAGCAGCUGAAGGCUAUUCGAGAAGUUGUGCUGGUGGUGAGAAUAUUGCUGGCAAUCAAACUCCUGAGGCGACAGUUACUGCUUGGCUCAGAAGCUCGGGACAUUGUGCCAAUAUUAUGAACAGAAAUUUUAAAGCAAUUGGCGUUGGAUAUGCCCAAGGUGGUCGUUACGGAGAUCAAUAUGGUCAAGUUAUCGAAACUUACUCACCAUUGAAACUAGAUCAACUUGAAAUAGUAACGAAAAUACGUGUUUCUCGACAAGCAUUUCGAAUUCAAGCAUUACUUCAAUUAUCUAAUGGUACUCCAAUUCAACGUAAUGAAAAAUAA